AUGGGUGAGAGCUUUAAUAACUUGAUCCUAGAAGCUAGAGGAAAAACCACACUCCCUUUGUUAGAGGACAUUAGGUGUAUCUUGAUGAGAAGGCUGCAGGUGAGAAGUGAAGUAAUGAGGGCUUACCUAGGACCUAUUUGUCCUAAUAUACAACAAGUAUUGGAGAAAAGGAAAGAAAAUGAAAGCAAUUGUAUUGAUAUAUGGGCAGGUAGUUUGAGGUACCAAAUAAAUUGGUUCAAUGGGCAACAAUUUGUAGUUGAUUUGGCUGAUUCAACUUGUUUAUGUAGAAAGUGGGAUCUAACUGGCAUGUCAUAUGGUCAUGCCAUAUCAGUCCUAUAUGACAAACAUAAGCGACCUGAAUAUUAUGUGGCUCAUUGGUAUAACAAGGAGACAUACUUGGCUAGCUAUAAGCCAAUGAUAUACCCAAUAAAUGGUUCUGAAAUGUGA